AUGGAUAGGGGAUUAGCAUUUGCCACACGCACUGCUUUACAAAAUAGUCUUCUCAACAUGUACAUCAAAAACGGUAGUUUGGUGAACGCUCGCAAAGUAUUUGAUAAUAUGAGAGGAGGAGACGUGUUCUCAUGGAAUCUGAUAAUUGCAGCUUACCAAAGACACGGCUCUCCUCAGGAGGCAUUCACACUAUUCAACAAAAUGCAAAAAAUAGGUGUUCAAACAAAUCCCUUCACCUUUGCCAGCGUACUAGCAGCCAGUGCAAAAAUAGGAGAUUUAGAAGAGGGUAUGAAACUUCAUCAAAGAAUAAUCCAAAGCGGAAUUUAUUCCGAUGUUGUAGUUGGCAGUACCCUAAUAGACAUGUAUGCAAAAUGCGGAAACAUACACAAAGCACGUGAAGUAUUUGACGAAAUGCCUCAUAAAAAUGAGGUCUCAUGGACAACCACAGUUGCAGGUUACGCUCAAAAUGGGAAUUUAGAAAGGGCUUUGGAGACUUUUAAGCAAAUGCAAUUGGCAGGUGUAAAGACAAACUCUACAACAUAUGCUAUUGUGCUUCCAUCCUGUGGAAAAAUGGGAGCCAUGGAUUUGGGUAUGGAGGUCCACCAAAGAAUAAUAGAAAGCGGAUGUUUGCCAGAUGUUGUACUUGCGAGUUCCCUAACAUACAUGUAUGCAAAAUGCGGAAGCUUAGAGAAGGCACGCAAAUUGUUUGACAAAAUGCCUCGAAGAAAUAUGGUAUCAUGGAAUACGAUAAUAUCAGGAUAUGCACAAAAUGGUUAUCUUGAUGAAGCUUUAAAGCUUUUCCAAGAAAUGCCUCAGAAAAAUGUCGUCUCAUGGACAGCAAUGAUUGCAGGAUAUGUACAGAAUGGGCUAGUUGAAAAGGCCUUGGAAACUUUUAAGCAAAUGCUUUUGGCAGACGUUGCAGUUGUAAAUGCCCUGAUAGACAUGUAUGCAAAAUGUGGACGCAUACGUAAGGCACGUGAACUUUUUGACAAAAUGUUUCAAAGAGUUGUGGUUUCGUGGACUGUAAUGAUUGCAGGAUAUGCAAUGCACGGCUACGGCAAGGAUGCUCUUGAACUCUUUGAACUGAUGAAGCAAUCUGGAACACGCCCUGAUCAUGUAAGCUUUGUUUGUGUUUUAUUUGCAUGCAGUCAUGCAGGUUUAGUGGAUGAGGGCUGUGCAUACUUCAAUGACAUGAGCAGUAUGCCUACGUUAGACCAUUAUGUAUGCAUGGUUGACCUUCUUGCCCGUGCUGGUUAUCUUGAGGAAGCUCUACAUUUUAUCAUCAAGAUGCCAAUUAAAUCUGCAAUGGUUCUGUGGAUGUGUUUGCUUAGUGGUUGUAGAUCACAUAAGAAUAUAGGGUUAGGAGUAUAUACAGCAACUCUCCUCUUUGACCUGAUUCCUAAGAAUGCCGCACCUUAUCUUCUUCUGUCAGACAUCUAUGCAGAGUGGGGCAGGUGGGUUGAGGUUCGAAAGGUAAAAAGAUUAAUAAGAGAUAUGAGAAUUAAAAAGAUCCCUGGUUGUAGUUGGAUUGAAGUGCAUAAAGUGGUACAUGCUUUUUGUGUGGGAGACAGGUCACACCCACAAACACAGGAGAUCUAUGCAAAGUUGCAGAGAUUAGCUGAGGAAGGGCAUUUUCCAUAUUCAAAGCAUGACGUGGAGGAGGAAGAAAAAAGUUUCUCCUCCUCCCACCAUAGUGAGAUGCUGGCCAUUUCAUUUGGAUUGUUAAAUACAUCCCCAGGAAAAUCUAUUAGAGUUGUCAAAAACCUUCGAAUAUGUGUUGACUGCCACACUGCAAUCAAGUUUAUCUCCAAGACUGUUGAUACAGAGAUAGUUGUGAGAGACGCAAACCGAUUCCAUAAUUUCACACAAGGACAAUGUUCUUGUGGAGAUUAUUGGUGA